ACCUAAACUUUUAUACAAGAGAGUGAAACUGAUCAGAAUGAUCAACAACCCUAACCUUGGACCACAAAUGAAUUAUCUGCGUUGCAAAUAAAAAUGAGCUUAAAUCGUAUUACGGGAUUUUGCAAAAUUGUAAAUGAAUGUCGUUCUCUUCGACAAAUGCAAGGAGUGAGGCAAUUACGUCUAAAAAAUGGUUCGGAUCAAUUGAAAAAAGAAAAACUGGCAGAAAAAAUUGUAAAUGCAAAUGUGAAAAAACAGUUUAUUUACUUGGAUUACAACAAAUGUUAUCAUGUGUCUGCAACAAACCAUUCCUCUGAGGGGCAACAUUUAAGGGCCACAGAGAUUUCCAACUCAGAGUAUGAGCGUUUGGCCGAGGAGACACUGGAUUCAUUAUCUGAGUUCUUUGAGGAGUUGCCAGAGACUGAAGCUUGCAAUGAGGACUAUGACUGUGCUUUUGGGAAUGGUGUCCUGACAGUUCACCUUGGAAGUACAGAAGGUACAUAUGUCCUGAACAAACAAACUCCCAAUAAACAGAUCUGGUUGUCCUCUCCACUUAGUGGUCCCAAACGAUUUGACUACUAUGAGGGCCAGUGGGUUUAUCUGAGAGAUGGCACAGGCCUUCAUAAACUUCUUGAAGAGGAGAUUUUCGAACUAACCGGAAUCAAAGUUGACCUCAAAAAGUGCAAAUUCUACACAUAUGGGAUUGCAGAGCGUAUGUCAAAGACUAACUGAUUCCAUACUUCUGAAAGGGACAUGUGUGUACUACAAGUAAUGAAAUCUAUGCAGCAUUGAAAUCUAGAAUAAAACUGAGUAGUCAUGCUGCUCAUGAUUCAGUUCCUAGUGAAAUUCCAGUCUUUAUUCCAUCAGUAUUUUGAACAUUGCUUUUCUUUUUUUUUGUGAAUGUUUAAAAAAAAUGAAUUCAAUAUUUACAAACAAUCCAAAACUAGUCUGCAGCCUGCUGUGGAUUCAAUUGUUCAAGCUUUGUUUCAUUUAGUCAAGUAUAUGCUGAUCAAAUUCCAAUAACUUGAUAGUUACAUUUAAAAUACUCUUAUGUCUUUCUGUUUGUAAUAAAAUUAGAAACUACAAUUUUGAAAGCAUGAAACAGUACCUAGAUAAAAUAAAUGACAGUUCUGAAAAUUUUCAUAUUGAAAUCUAUUAGGGUGGGAGAAUACUUAAAAAAAAUUUUCUUAGAUAUUUUCCCUUUUGAUUUGUAAUGCUAACUAUUGUAUUGUAGAAUGUGCUAUACAAAUUCAUUAUUGAUGUUAAAUUAAUCUUAAGGGAACAAUAGCUGUUAGAAUGAUGACAGGAUUUUAAUCAAGGAUCACCUAUUCAUGUUGUCUCUUCCUUACUGAAUAUAGCUUUUUCAUUUGCUGGAAGUUUUUUUCAUGCAAAUUUUCAACAAACAAGCAACAUCUUUCUAUACAAUUUUCUUGGUGAUGACAGUUUUUGAAACUAUUUGUAGUACAUCAAUAUGUGCCUUGUAUUAUACAAACAGAUGGCUUUGUGCCUGUACAUUAUCUUGUUUCUGAAAUCUGUGGAAUCCUUUUUUGAUCUUCUAGAAAACUGGCUUGUAUAUAGUUCUUUACCAAGUCACAAGUUGGUUUAACGCUUUGAUAACCAUCUCUCUGUUUAGUCUGAGAGCAUGUGUUUGACACCUGUGCCAGUAUUUUUUUUGCUAUGAACAUAUCAUGCCAUGUUUUAAAAUUUAUUUAUUAAACUAGAUUGUGUGCACUUGUCAGUUUGGUUGAAACGUUUAAGCAUUUUAAAGAGAUUGGAUGGUUGCCCAUCUCUUGGUUUCAAACUUUAAUGUGACACAGAUUUUUACUUAGGACUAGAAGCAUGGACAUUUCUAAAAUCCUCCUGCUCCAUUUGUGAUCUUUUGGUCAUUGCAUUCACCAUUCAGUUUUCUCAUUAACUGUUUGUUGGCUAUUAAAGUUGUAGAAUGAAACUUUACUUGUAUUGUUUUUUGUUUUUUUACUUUCAUUCUCCAGUAAGGAAUUUAGUUACCACUGCUGUCUUUACAGACUACCAAUGUGCUUUUUUUAAGAACUGAAGACAUUUCACUGCUUUUUUUGUAUUAAUUUUUAUUUAAAUUGAAAUCAUCAUUGUAUGUAGAAAUUGGGAGAAAUAAUGUAGUUAACAAAUAGGAAGAAUUGUUGGGAUUCAGUUUGUUAGUUCAAUAAAUAGUUUCAUUUCUAUGUGUUUUAGUUUAGAAUCUUUUAUUUGCCUCUUCUGAUAUUAAUUUGACAACUUGGUUGUCUUAUAAACAUGUGUCACUGACAUUAUUAUAUGAUACAAUGAUCACUCAAUAUAUUUAUUAAUAUAAAUGCAAAGUGCUUUCAGAUAAUUGAAAUUAAAGCUUUUUUUUUUUUUUUGUCAUUUUUUUUUUUCAUAAUUAAUAAAUAUUUUUUUAGAGAAACUGUAAUUUAUCAAAUUCCUUCAACUAUAGAUACUGUUUGCUGUAGACCAGUGAUGCCCAAAAUAUGGCCAGAUCCGGCCCGGGACGUGCUUCCAUCUGGCCCACAGAAACGUUAGCACAAAAUAUAGAAAAUCCCCCUUCCCCACCAAAAAACAAUAAUUUCAAAAUAUAUCUUUACCUACGUUAAGGCCCUUGCUUUUUUCUAAUGGAUUACUACCAAGGCAUUAAACAUUUGUGCAUUCAUGAAAUAGGACUAUAGAAUCUACUAGGAAAAGUGAACAGAUCUUUUCUUUUUUGUAGAACAUGAUACCAUUGCUAGCCAACAUGUUUGUUUUCAUAAAGAAAAAGUAGUUGUUUUAAAAAAACAAAACAAGAACAACAAAAUAUAAACAGAACAUACGCCAUUUUUUUUUAAGUGCAGAGAGAAAAUUCAAAUAUCCCAGUAAUUCAAUGUAAGUACUAGAUCUUCGGGUUUGAAAUAAAAUAGUUUCAGGUCAAUUUCAUUAAGUUUUUGUAUCUUUUCCAUCAUGUGGCCCGUGACACUAGUGUUGGAAAUUAAAAUGGCCUGCAGAUUGAAUUAGGUUGGGCAUCACUGCUCUAGGCCACAAAUUGUAUGUUGUCAUCAUAUUCAAACAUUUGCUAGUUUGUUUCAUUUUUUCAAAAGUAUUAAAUUAAUGCAAAGUUACAGUACACCUUUCUUUAUUUAGUGGUUGUUGUGCUCUGAACAGUGUGUAUGUUAAGUCAGGAAAACACAUUUUAAAAAAAAAUUGUUGCUGUUUAUUAGGUAGCAAUGUUAUGUUGAUCUUCGUUUUAAAAUCUUUUCAUACAUUUUUUUUGUUGAUUAUCUUCCCCUUUUUUUUUUGUUUGCAGUGUUACUUGUUUUCUGUUUUCUUUUUAAUUCAUUCAAUCUACAGACAUAUAAGUUUUGAACUAGUAGUUCAAAUGUAUUUUAUUUUGGGUCAAUAAACAAAUAAAGUUUUCCCAAUGAUAUAGAUAAAAAUAAGUAUGACUUAGAAAGUUAUCUUGAAUAUGCAGUGCAGUAAUGUUUUUCUUUCCUUUAAUCCUUUAUUAAUUUGUUUGGUCAUGUUUUUGUUUUGUCUGUUUAUGCUUCUAAGUUUCAAUGUGUCUCUUUUGACAUCUCAUACUCAUGUACUGUAUUAUAUUGUUGAAAUAUCUAGUAUACAUUCUCAUGCUUCAUUACUGAUCAAAAGUCAUUCUGGCUUCUAUUGUUGUUUUGGUUAUUUCUCAUCAAUUCCCCAGUCUUUGUAAGCAGGCACAAGUAUGGAAUAUAAAUAUAUACCAUUGAACUUGUUCAUUACAUUUUGCUCAUUGUUGUUGUUUUGUAAAGAAGGGAUAACAAUUUACUUACAAGAAUUAUCAGGUAGUAUGUGACCAAACAUUGGAUAGAGGAAUUUAUACAAGUUCAUUUGGAAUGAAAUCAAAUUUUAUGGUGACACACAAAAUGUUUGGAAAUUCACCAAAACCUGGCCAGUAGGAUAGUGAAACUGAGGUCAUUUUUAAUCUUCUAAUGGACAUUUUAAGAAAUUCUAUGAAAUAAUUAGGUUUUACAAAUAUUUUUUAAUCAGAAGCAGCUAAAAACAUAAUGGAUUUUUUUUCUAGAAACUUUAAAUGAUUUUAGUUGGCAAACUUUUUAACUUGUACAUACUUUAUAUAUUUCUUGAAGUCAAAAAAAAAUUAAUUUAUUAAUUGAAAUGUACUUAUGGACAAUAAAGCUCAAUAUUUUAUUUGGUACAUGUCCGUACCAUUUUGUUAACCCUAAUUUAUUAUUUGAGGUUUCUAAGAUGUAGAUUUUAUAGACAAGUUGUACUAAUUAUUUCUUUAGUGUUAAUAAUUCCUGUUUAUUUAUAUUAUAGAUUUACUGUGUUGGUAAGAAGAUUUUGUUCUUAUUUUUAAUACUUCUUAUCACAACUAGUCAUUGGUAAUUAGGAUGAUAAAAUAUUCAGAAUGACAAUGAGUUGAGGCACUGUUCUGGUGGAAACAUUCCUUUUCUUUAUUUUUUGUUUUUUUGUUUUUAUUUUUUAUUAUUGUAUUUAGAUUGUUGGUAGGAAAGCUCCAGGAUAUUUUAUUUUUUCUAAAUUGACUUAAAUAUUUUUGGGUAUAUAUAUAUCUACUUUCACCACAGCAAUAUGUACAAUCCAGAACUGAACACAACAAAUCAGUCAAACCCACAGGUUUAUUUUGGGUGAAUUCAAGAAGUAAAAAUGAAUUUUUUUCUUUUUGGUUUUGAAUUACACUAGCUACCUCUUCUGGUUUACUGACAAAAAUUGGCUCUUUUGAUAAAAAUAUUUUAUGUUUACAAAGGCAGUGACUAGAUGGGCUCCCAGACUUCAUAAGGUUUUUCUUCAUGUACAUUCAAUGAGCACUAUAUGAGCUGCUCAAAUCAAGUACCAAUUUACACUUAACACUGUGCAACCAAAAGUUUAAAUGUAUUUCAUAGAUGCUUAAAUUGUGACCUGUUCUAUUGUUUAUUAUUAUUUAAAAAAAAAAAAAGAAAUUCUUGUUUUGUUACUUAAAAAAGACCUAUGCAAAUAUUUUGAUGAUGAUAUUGAAGUUUAUUGUUUGUUCAGACUAUGUUUUUUAAGUAGGUCACUUUAUAAGAUGUGUAGGUCUAUAUUUUUGUUUGAAAUAAAGCUGUUGAAUUUCAUUAAGCUAAUCUUACAAACCUAUAUGAACCUGUGAAUCUAGUUUCCUCACUGAUCUAUGUACAUGUCCUACUUCCUGGAAAUCAUUUAGAGAUUGAAAAUGUUUUCAACAGUCGGUGCUCUACGUUCUUUUAAUGCAUCAAACUUUAUUGUUAUUUAGUGCACUUCAGUCAAAGUGUUUAAAAUAUUUGUUCAAGUAAAUCUGAACAUUGAAAUGUGUGAAUAUCUUGUGAGUUUGUUUACUGUAGAUUGAUGUUGAGUUGAGCCUGUCAUUGGAUGAGGUCUGGGUACAAAACAAACAAACGAGCAAAUUGUGUAUCCUGUCUUUACACUUCCAUAUAAUUGUUUUCUGGAAUCAAUUUGCAUUUUGAGUACCAUAACACUCACAAAGUUUGCAAUUUAAAACUAAAAUCUUUUUUCCAUAUCUAUUGUUUUCAUUUUACCUGUAAAAAAACAUCCAUAAAGAUUAUAUCAUUAUCUUACAUUCAAAGUAUUUUGAUGGAAUGUGGAAAUGGACACUGAUACUCUGCAAAUCUUGUUUGGCAUUUUUUUUAUUAAAGUUAAUUUUCUACAUAGCUAAUAAAAGCAUGUCUUGCUCUGAAAUAUUGGUUUAUUUAACACAAAAUUUGCUUAAAGUUAACCAUUUUCCCUCUUCUUUUCUUAAAUAAAUUUGUGUACUAUUUAUCUUUGAAUUUUAAAGAUUGGGAAGCAUUAUCUUGUGUUUUAAAAUGUAACAGCAUGAAAUGAUUGGUGUUCAAUCUGAAUUUGAAGUCCUUUUGUUAUGUGUAAAAAAUGCAAUAGUUCCGUUGUAAAAUUUCAAUUUCCUGAAUGGUAUGAACAAUUCAGAAUAAGUUAUAAAGACAGUCAUGCCAGAGCUCUUUAGCAACUAUUUAAAAAAAAAAUGUUGCAGCGUAUUGAUUUAUCUCCCUUACUCCAGGACCACAAACGAAGAAAGAUGAGUUCCACUUACCUUACUGUGCUAGUGUAAAUAAUGUGUUUCCUUGGAAUCUAUUGUCCACCAUUCAGAUGAUUAUUUUGCUAGUGAAUAUAAUUUUGUUGCAGAUAAGAAAUGAAUAAAUAUAAAAAAACGUUAA